GCACGUCUCCUUCCGAGCCCGGAAGGUGCAGUUGAGUCACGUGUUGGUGCGCUCCCGCUGCGGCGCGCUCCAGGCGGAAGUGAGGUCGGCGGCCGGUGGCUGCGCAGCUUCGGCAGGGAGCGCUGGUUGCGGAUAGUCGGGCCAGGCCGAGGCUUCGGCAGAGACCGGUACAUCGCGGCUCAGUCCUCGCAUCAGAGCAGGCCUCCGCGGCGCUCUACCUUCGCAGAGACCCAACGCCAAGCCCGCCUCGGGCCGGCGUGCGUUGGUCCCCGUGGCUCAGGCCGCCGUCGUCGCAGCUGCGCGUUCUUGAAAUCAUGAAUCCUGUUUAUAGCCCUGGGUCUUCUGGAGUUCCCUAUGCAAAUGCCAAAGGAAUUGGUUAUCCAGGUGAUGACAUCAGAUUGUUCUGUGUGUUUUUCUCCAGCUGGUUUCCCCAUGGGCUACACAACAGCGGCUCCUGCCUAUUCCCCCAACAUGUACCCUGGAGCGAAUCCUACCUUCCAAACAGGUUACACCCCUGGCACACCUUACAAAGUGUCCUGUUCGCCCACCAGUGGAACGGUACCUCCGUACUCCUCCUCUCCCAACCCCUAUCAGACUGCUGUGUACCCCGUGCGAAGUGCCUACCCCCAGCAGAGCCCAUAUGCACAGCAAGGCACGUACUAUACACAGCCCCUGUAUGCAGCACCCCCCCACGUCAUCCACCACACCACGGUGGUGCAGCCCAAUGGCAUGCCGGCGACGGUGUAUCCUGCUCCCAUCCCUCCACCGAGAGGCAGUGGGGUCACCAUGGGCAUGGUGGCUGGGACCACUAUGGCCAUGUCAGCAGGUACCCUGCUGACCGCCCACUCCCCAACUCCUGUUGCCCCCCACCCAGUCACUGUGCCCACUUAUCGGGCUCCAGGAACACCCACCUACAGCUACGUGCCCCCUCAGUGGUGAUCACCUGCAAAUGCUGAGGAUGGAGCUGUGCAGUCACAUCCUGGAUAUUCCACAGCUGGUGCUGCGGGCCUCGUGCCUCCAACCAGGACUUUCUCCUUAAUGCUCUCUACACUUAGCUAAACACCACUGUGGUCCUGCCUAGCAGGUCCCUGCACCAUCCGUCUCCAACUAACUCUGUGGGUUGGUCUUAAAGCAAAUCCUGUUUUGGGGCUGCCUGGCAAUUUUUUAGCUAACUGUAAUGAUAAGGAGGGAGUAUUAAUGUAUUCUGAAAUUAUAUCUAGUUGAAUGCAUGUUUAAAAAAACCACAAAAACAAAGCUUGCUCAAACUACUACCUGCAGUGACUGAUACAAAACCACCAUAUGCAAAGCCCAAAGGAAUGGAAAGUAUUUGCAGCUUGUCCACUAACACAGUGUUGUGAUGUAUGCAGUCUUAAAGUUGUAUGUGUUAAAGUGAAUUUCUUCUUAAAGCGUAUGAAUCUCAUAGGUGAUUGUUCAGCCUUUUGUGAUUGAUGUGGGUUGCCAGUUACAGACAUGGAAUUUUAGUUUUUAGCCAUCUGUUUCUUUCGCACUAAUCGUACUGGGAGAGAGUUGCAGGGAUGGGGAGAGUUUAGGGAGGGCCACAACUGCUGUGGGCGCUGCCAGGUUAAUGGGCAUCCCUGUCUUUCCAUGUAGGCUUGUGGGUCAGUGUGAUGUGGACAUUUGAAAAGAUUAUGGAAGAUUAGAGUUGUGUGGCCAGCACAUUUAGGGGCAAGUGGCGGUUUGUCUAUCAGCAAAGCAAUUUCCUCUGGGUUGCCAAAUUUUCAUUACAAAUCUCUUCCUGAUGGAAGAUGCUAUUUUCUUUGUCUUUAUUGGGAAAG